AUGGCUCCUUCGAUGGUUGUGGGAUGCCUUUGGUUCCUCAUGAUCGGCUUCAUGUUCUUUGCGCAGCAUCAUGUUUGUGAUGCAUACUUCGUACCUGCAAUCAAUGUCUUUGUCGGCAAGAUGAAACAAAGUGACAACAAGUGGUUGCAGCGCUGGGGCCAGGAAGCAGUGGCUGGAGCUACCAUUUGCGCUCUGGGGUGCAAUGGACCGGAGAUGUUCACCAACCUCAUCUCGUUGUACACAGGCUCCGAUGCCGGAAUUGGUGUUGUGGUUGGGUCGGAGAUCUUCAAUCUUCUCAUCAUCGUCGGUUUGACAAUCUCAGCAGCACCAGUCCUGCCUCUUGCUCUGGAGCGCGUGCCUUUUGCCCGCGACUGCAUGUUCUACGCGUUGUCCAUCGUCUUGCUGUACUGGGCACUGCUCGAUCACAAGAUCGAGUCUUACGAAGCAUGGGUGCUGCUUGCUGCAGCUGGAGUCUAUGUCGCUUGUGUGUAUUUUACCGACGACUUCGUUCAGUGCAUUCCGGCCUUACGCCCGGAAAAGGCUGAGGUGGGUUCGGAAUCUCCAUCAAAAAAGAAAGGGACGAUGCAUGGAGUGCAGGUUGACGUUGAAGAAAUCCUACAUGGUCGCAUGGUGGACGCCCACGGGGGGGCCACUGAAAAGUGGAAUCUCGAUGCUACCGAGCAUGGGAUCUAUGCGGAGCCAAAUAAGCCCCCGGCAGAACCAGAACCGAAAGCCAACGCCCGUGGCUCCCUUGGCUUCACAUUUGCCGGGGGUGGAGAUGCACUGCUAGGGCCAAUGUUGAAAUACAAAGACUUGAAGGAGGUGGUUCUCAUGGAUAUGGGCGUUAUCAAUCUGGAGUUUAUCCACAACCUGCAGCACAUCACUCUAAGGCUGACGGUGGAAGAUGCGGCAAAGCGCACGGAGCUCUUGAACAAUAUCCAGGAGUUUUCGCUCUGCAGGCCCUGGGUCCAUGGCUACGAUGCAACCAUUCGUGGCGCCUGGCAGCAUCUGUACCACACAAUGGUCUCCAAGGAUCCGCUUUUUGACAAGCUCCUUGCUAUCCCCCACUUCCUCAUCGAUGGCUUGCUAAAGCUUACGCUUUUUGCCGUGGAUGUGAAAGAUGUCAGAAAAGAAGGUCGGUGGCCUUUGUGUUUUGUGGGGGCCAUGUUCUGGCUUGCGAUCUUCUCCUUUUUCAUGCUGGAGAUUGCCAAUCAGAUCCACUACAACAUACCGGCGCUCCCGAACAGCUUCUUGGGUAUCACAGUUUGUGCCAUUGGCACCUCGUUUCCCAACGCUGUUGCGUCUGUGCUCAUGGCGCAGCAGAACAAGCCGGCAGCAGCGAUUGCCAAUGCUCUUGGGUCGAAUGUGCAGAAUGUGUUCCUUGCCAUGGCGCUGCCUUGGGUCAUCUUCCAAUUCCAGUACGGUGGAAAGCCCAUUGAUCAGAAUGUUGCAGGCAUCGACGAGGGCGUGCUCUGGAUGAGUGGCACCUUGCUGUUGGUGGUCUUCUUUGUUUUCCUUCCUCCUUUCUGUAAGCUCUCCUACGCCUACGGCCCAGUCCUCGUCUCGGUGUAUCUGGCCUACCUCGUCAUCACCAGCGGAGAGACCUUCCACUGGUGGCCUCCGCUGGUCAAGUGA